AUGUUGAAGCAGGCCGCAGUAUACAACAAGUCGGUCGCUAGAUCCAAUGUUGUACGUUCUUGUGUAGCGAAAAACUCAACAUCUACUAGAGCUGUUGCUAAUAGCUUCUUAACCAAACAACACAAGUCAGCAUUAGCAGAAUCAACAGCAACAACAACAACAACAACAACAAGAGCAACAAAAGCAUUCGCCUCAUCAUCCAAUUACACCAUAGCAGGCAAUCGCAACUACUCAACAAAAUCCACUGUUAUCCAGUUGCUCAAUAAUAUUGGUUCGAAACGAGAAGUUGAACAAUAUUUAAAGUAUUUCACGUCGGUUAGCUCGCAACAAUUUGCAGUUAUCAAGGUUGGUGGUGCAAUUAUUACUCAACAAUUGGACGAAUUGGCAUCCUGUUUGGCAUUUUUGUACCAUGUUGGCUUGUACCCAAUUGUUUUGCACGGAACUGGUCCGCAAAUCAAUGAAUUAUUGGAAAAUGAAGGUGUUGAGCCAGAGUAUAUCGAUGGUAUCAGAAUCACAAACCCCAAGACAAUGGCUGUUGUUCGUAAAUGUUUCCUUGAACAAAAUUUGAGAUUGGUUACCGCUUUGGAAAAAAUUGGUGUUCAUGCUCGUCCAAUCACUGCUGGCGUUUUUCAAGCAGAAUAUUUGAACAAGGACAAGUACGACUUGGUUGGUAAAAUCACCGGAGUCAACAAGUCACCAGUUGAAGCAGCAAUCUCUGCUGGUUACUUGCCCAUUUUGACUAGUUUGGCAGAAACAGAAAGCGGUCAAUUGUUGAAUGUCAAUGCCGAUGUUGCUGCAGGCGAGUUGGCUCGUGAAUUUGAACCUUUGAAAAUUGUUUACUUAAAUGAAAAAGGUGGUAUCAUUAAUGGAAACACUGGUGAAAAGGUCUCCAUAAUCAAUUUGGAUGAAGAGUAUGAAGAUUUGAUGAAGGAGAGCUGGGUCAAAUACGGAACCAAGUUGAAGAUUAAGGAGAUUCACGAUUUAUUGCAACACUUGCCAAGAUCAUCUUCGGUGGCAAUCAUUGAUGUUGACGAUUUACAAAAAGAAUUGUUUACCGACUCGGGUGCAGGUACUUUAAUCAGAAGAGGUUACAAAUUGAUCAACAGAAAUUCAUUGCAAGAAUUUGGUAACCCAGAUUUGUUGAGAACAGCUUUAUUGAGAGACCCAGAGAUCAAGGCUGGCAAAUUAUCCGUUGCUUCAUAUUUGAAGUUUUUGGAAUCGGUUAAGUUCAAAAGCUAUGGAGACGAGCCAUUGGAAGUGUUGGCCAUUGUGUUGAACGAAGAUGGCAAAAUCCCCAAGUUGGACAAAUUCUUGUCAUCCAAGACAGGUUGGUUGAACAAUGUUACUGACAAUAUUUUUAACUCUAUCAAGAAAGACUUUAAAUCGUUAUGCUGGAUUGUUGAUGAAAACGAUGCAAAUUUGGCAUGGUACUUUUCCAAAUCCGAUGGAUCAUUUGCCAAAAACGGCCAAAUCUUAUUCUGGUACGGCUUAAAAACACCCGAAGCUGCUGAAUUGAUCAAGGAGUUUGACCAUUCUGCUGUUGGCUCUUCCCUUUCAUCAGGUACUGAUUCUGGCGUUUUUUCGUCAAACCAGCAAAAGAGAGGAUUCCAUUAUGCUACCAGAAGAACCUUUGCCACUGCUGCUACAAACCCCAACCCGCCAUUGAGAGAGGGUAAGAGCCAAGAAAAAAAGAAGGUUGCCUUGAUUGGGGCUAGAGGAUACACUGGCCAAAACUUGAUCAAAUUGAUUGAUAAUCAUCCAUAUUUGGAAAUCUCGCAUGUCUCAUCCCGUGAACUUGAAGGCCAAAAGCUUAAAGGUUACAAUAAGGACAAUAUUAUUUAUUCAAACUUACAACCUGAGGACAUUAAACAAUUGGAGGAAAACGGCGAGGUGGAUGUAUGGGUGAUGGCAUUACCAAAUGGUGUUUGUAAGCCAUUUGUUGACAUUAUCGAUUCCGUGAAUAAUCCCAAAUCAACAAUCGUUGAUUUAUCAGCCGAUUAUCGUUUUGAUACAACAGGACAAUGGACUUAUGGUUUACCAGAAUUGAAUGAUCGUACUACUAUUGCCAAUGCAAAAAAAAUCUCCAACCCCGGAUGUUAUGCGACUGCCGCACAAGUAGCUAUUGCUCCAUUGCUUGAAUAUAUAGAAGGUGGGGCAAAGCCAAGUGUGUUUGGUGUUUCAGGUUACUCGGGAGCAGGUACUAAACCAUCACCCAAAAAUGACAUCAAUGUGCUUUCUAACAACUUGAUUCCAUACUCAUUAACAGAUCAUGUUCAUGAACGUGAAAUCUCAUCUCAGUUGAAGCAACAAGUUGAUUUUACCCCACACGUUGCACAAUGGUUCCAAGGUAUUUCACACACAAUUAAUAUUCCAAUCAAAAAAGGCUCCCUCACAUCAAGAGAGAUCAGAAACAUCUACCAAGAUAGAUACCAAGGAGAACAAUUGAUUACAAUAAGCGGAGAAGCUCCUUUGGUAAAAGACAUCAGUGGCAAGCACGGAGUGGUUAUUGGUGGGUUUGCAGUUAAUUCAAACGAAGACAGAGUGGUUAUUGUUGCCACAAUCGACAAUUUGUUGAAAGGUGCCGCGACCCAAUGCUUGCAGAACAUCAAUUUGUCGCAAGGUUUUGGCGAGUACGAAGGUAUUCCUGAUGACACGGUGAUCAGAGGUUAA